AUGGAGCGGUACCAGAAGCUGGAGAAGGUUGGUGAAGGCACAUAUGGCGUGGUGUACAAGGCAAAGGACCGCGUAACGGGUGAGGUGAUCGCGCUCAAGAAGAUUCGAUUGGAAGCCGAAGACGAGGGCAUUCCUAGCACAGCCAUCCGUGAGAUUUCGCUGCUUAAGGAGCUGCAGCAUUGCAACAUCGUACGCCUGUACAACAUUGUACACACGGACCGGAAGCUUACCCUCGUAUUCGAGUAUUUGGAUCAAGACCUGAAGAAGUAUCUGGACGUGUGCGAGAAGGGGCUGGAAAAGCCAAUUCUCAAGUCUUUCCUGUACCAGCUACUGCGUGGCAUCGCCUACUGCCACCAGCAUCGAGUGUUACAUCGCAAUGGAAAUGAGAAUGCUGAUUACCACGCACUUGUCAAUAGUGAUCUGAAACCGCAGAACCUGCUUAUUAACCGCGAAGGAGAGCUCAAGCUUGGUGAUUUUGGACUGGCACGUGCAUUUGGCAUCCCUGUGAGAAGCUAUACGCACGAGGUCGUGACGCUUUGGUAUCGUGCGCCUGACGUGCUCAUGGGAUCACGGAAAUACUCGACACCUGUUGAUAUCUGGAGCGUGGGCUGCAUUUUUGCUGAAAUGGCCAAUGGUGGACCACUGUUUGCAGGCACGUCGGAGGCCGACCAGCUUGACCGCAUCUUCCGCCUGAUGGGCACACCUACGGUCGAGAUUUACCCGGCCAUCGUGGACCUCCCAGACUAUAGACGAGACUUUCCUGUUUAUCCAACACCGGACACCUUGGCUCACCUUGUGCCGACGCUGGACGAGGACGGCGUGGAUUUGCUUGAGCAGAUGUUGCAGUACGACCCUGCAAAGCGAAUCACUGCUGCUGACGCUAUGAUACACCCAUAUUUUAGCGACUUGUCCCCAGCGCUUACUGAGAGUCAAUGA